CUCCUCUCCUCUCCUCUUUGAGCCAAGAGAGAAAAAGAAACAAGAAGAAGCGCUGUGCUCUGCUCUGCUCUGCUCUGCAAAAUUGGAUCUUCUUCACAUCCUGCGCCUGCAUUCCCUCCGGAUCGAUCGAUCUGCUCCGAUCCGAUUCGAUUCCAUCCGAUCCGAACAAGCAAGCAAUUGGAUUGGAUUGGAUUGCGCUCCUCCUCUCCGAUCCACGCAAUUGCGAUUGCAAAAUUGCAAAUUGCAAUUCGAGGGAGGGAUCGCUGGCCGCUCCAUUGCUACCAUUCUGGAUCCGCCCCUUCAUCAGAGCAGAGCAGGGACAGGGAGACAUCAGGCCGGUGAAGCAGUAUGAUGAUGGGGACCGAUGUCUGUUCUUCGCGGAUGCUGUCGCUGCCCCGCUACGAGAGCGGCGACGAGGAGCUCACCGUGCUGCCCAGGCACACCAAGGUCGUCGUCACCGGUAACAACCGGACAAAGUCCGUGCUGGUCGGCCUACAGGGUGUUGUCAAGAAGGCUGUUGGCCUUGGAGGCUGGCACUGGCUGGUUCUGAAGAAUGGUGUGGAGGUGAAGUUGCAGAGGAAUGCCCUGAGUGUCUUGGAGGCUCCAACUGGCAAUGAAGACGACGACGAGAUCGAUGGCAACAACAACUCGUUCUGCGGCAGCUUCGACAUGGGAGACAAAGACAUGAACUAUUCAAGCAUCGAGUACCAGAAGCCAACAAAGCCGAGGGUCCGGCACACAAGGCCAUGGUCUUCCUGCACGACGACGUCCAGCAGCCGGGCCAACCUUCACUCGACCUCGAAGCUGCGAGCGAGAGUGAACCUGACAAAGCUUGGAACGCCCACACUAUGGAGAUACUGGAAGCACUUCAACCUUGUGAGCAUGAACCCGAGCCCGUCAGAGGAGCAGCUGUUCCAUGGGGUCCAGCAGCAUUUCCAGUCCCAGCAAUUGGAUGAGUUGCAGGUGAUCCUGGGGUUCAUCCAGACGGCAAAGAGGCUCAAGACCCUGUACAACAACUCCUCCUGCUAGCCUUCAUCUUCAUCUGCAUAAUAUGCUUCAUCUUCGCCUUCAGCUUCGCCGGUUGUUAGUAGAUGUCAAGAAGAGAAGAGAAGAGGUUAGAUGAUGAUGCAUCAUGUCAUGUGGUUAAGAAAGUAAGUAAGUAAGUUAAUGGUAGUCUCCUCCUUGAGAAGUUAUGAAGAGAGAGGGAGGGAGGGAAGCGAUUUCUACUGGCACAUUUGAUCAGUACAAAUUCUUCUUCUUUAGCUUCUUCUUCUUGUUACUCCUUGUAAUGAUGAGAUAGAGAGGGAGAGGGAGAGGGAGAGCGAGAUGCUGCUGCUGUUUGUUGUGACUGACCACCAAGACCAGACCAAUCUACUAAUCUCAGUUAUUUGGAGAUGCUAAAUAGUAUUAUAGUUAAUUAAUUAUGUGAAGAAGCUAUUCUAUGGA